GCCAUGGAGGAGGCGCAGCGCAGGGCUCUGCGCAGGGCGCGGCCGCGGGCGGUGGCGGAGCUGCGGGUGGAGCCGCUGUGGGGGCUGCUGGAGGAGAGAGGGCUCUUCACCCGGCCCAUGAUCGAGGACUUGCAGAGUGCUGGCAGCCGAGCAGACCAAGCCAGGCAGCUGCUCAUCGACCUGGAGACUCGAGGGAAGCAAGCGUUUCCCCUCUUCCUCUCCAUCCUGCGGGACACGGAGCAGUGCAGCCUCGCUGAUGUCCUGCUGGAGGCGUCUGAGCACCCAUCGGCUGUGGCCCCAUCACAGCUGCAGGACCUGAAGCCUCUGCAGUUGGAGCUGCCUGGAGAAAAGCACAAAAAAGCUCUGAACUCCCUUGAACGUUUGUCCAUCCCAGUCCAAGCUGAGAGUGACAGACCUCAGACACUGCCCUCCCGGGGUUUGGCUGCUGGCAAGAGGAGCCACGAUCUGGUGUACGAGCUGCGAGGUGACCCCUGUGGAUACUGCCUGAUCCUCAACAACGUCACCUUCAGGCAGGGCUCAGGCCUCAGCACUCGGGUGGGCUCUGAUGUGGAUUGCCAGAAGCUGCAGAAGCGUUUCCAGGCUUUGUGCUUCCAGGUCCUGACCCGCAGGGAUCUGACAGCUCAGGAAAUUGUUUUGGAGCUGCAGGAGCUGGCACGGCAGGACCACAGUGCCUUGGACUGCUGUGUGGUGGUGAUCCUGUCCCAUGGGUGUCAGACCAGCCACAUUCAGUUCCCUGGAGGCAUUUAUGGAACGGAUGGAAAACCCAUUCCAAUUGAAAAGAUUGUGAACUAUUUCAAUGGGUCCCAGUGCCCAAGUUUGAGAGGAAAACCCAAACUCUUCUUCAUCCAGGCCUGUGGUGGAGAGGAAAGAGACCGAGGCUUUGUAGUGGAUUGUGAUUCACCUCCAGACAAGGCUCCUGGAGGUUCUUUGGAGUCAGAUGCGACUCCUUUCCAGGCUCCUCCAGGGAACGUGGAUGAGCUGGAUGCUGUAGCCAGCUUGCCCACCCCCAGUGACAUCUUGGUUUCCUACUCAACUUUUCCAGGUUUUGUCUCCUGGAGGGAGGCGUUGAGUGGCUCGUGGUACGUGGAGACACUGGACAGUGUGCUGGAGCAAUAUGCUUGUUCAGAAGACCUGCUGAACAUGUUACUGAGGGUGGCACACAUUGUCUCUGCCAAGGGCACAUUCAAACAGAUCCCAGGCUGCUUCAAUUUUCUCCGGAAAAAAUUCUUCUUCAUGUCCAAAUGAUGUGCAGGCUCCUUGGUCUCCACCUAGAGGGACAGUGAGGUGACACCUGCACCUGGGUGACACACAGGACUCUGUGAUGCUCCUGAUGGCCUCUGUCUUUCUAUCUUAUCAAGAUGUUUUGUCUUGAGAAACGUGGGCUGUGAACUUGGCUAAGGUGGAGAUGGGUGCUGUUCCCUGGGGAACCUCAGGGAUGGUGAAGGAAGCCCCCUGGCACAUGCCCACUGGGGCCUCCAUGCUGAUGGAAGCAUCUCUAGGUUGUCACUCCAUGGCUGUGCUUGGCCUCCAAGGAUCAUCUUCAGAUGCCUGCCAUGUUUUGUGCCCUUUGCUGAUAAGGACAUUGGGAUAAUGAGCUGAUGGACGCCAGGUCUGGCCCUGAAGUGGAACAGGAUGAUUUUUUGCAAAUUGUAUUUUUUGUUUUUAAUAAAAUGUCUUGAAAAUA